UCAGGUCACAAAUAAGAUCAGGGACUGAACCGGGAAACAACCAAAUGAUUUGGGACUAAACCGGGAAUUUUCCCCUUCCGUUCCGUUUCCCUUCCCUCUCCGAAGCAAAUUGUAACCCUUAACUCCAUCAGCAAGAAAAAUCGGGAUAGGCAGCGAGCGGCCGGAGAGGCAGUGACAGGCGGGCGCUCGCGAGGCAGCGAAGGGUUGCACGCUAAACAGUCGCUGACUCGCGAGAAUAGUGAGUUUGGGGAACGAAGCGAGUCGGCGGAAUAAGAGAAAAUGAGCUCCGGCAAUAGCUCUGUGAGCUUCCGCAUGUGGAACAUGAACCGACAAGCCUAAGCGGAGCAGAUCGCCACAGGAUGGCCUGCGUGGCUGAGCAAUGUGGCCGGAGAAGCCAUUCAUGGAUGGGUGUCCCUCAAAGCGGACUCUUUUUUGAAAUUAGAGAAGGGUUAUCAUCUUGUCUAGACCUCAAACUCACUAAUCUACAGAUCAAAUGUUAUAUGCACCAGUUACUCUCUGAGCUCGAACAUUGUCAUUCACACAGUAUCAUUCAUCGUGAUAUCGAAUGUGCAAACCUCUUAGUUAACAAUGAAGGGAUUCUAGAGAUCUCUGAUUUCGGUUUAGCUAACACUUGGAAUCCUGAUUUGUGGAGCGUUGGAUGCGUACUUGCAGAACUUUUUCUUGGCAAGCCUCUUUUACGAGGAAGAACUAAGGUUGAGCAACUAGAUAAAAUAUUUAAGCUUUGUGGUUCUCCACCUGAUGAAUUUUGGAGGAAUUCUGACCUACCUCAUGCAACAGUUUUCAAGCCUCAAGGACUUUAUGUAAAUUGCAUCAAAGAAACGUUUGAGUGUUUACCAGAUGGUGCAUUAAGUAUUUCAGGGCUCGGUCGUAUGCAUGUGAACCAUCCAACUUACCAAAAUAUCAGCCCAACAAAGAAAUUGAUUCAAAGGAUGAUGCUGCUGUAGGUGAAGGUGUCUCAGAGAGCCUAGCUCCAUGUCAAGGACUACAAAUACUAAUCAUAUUUGUUAAUUUCAAAAUCGAAUUUUAUGUUAGGACAUGUGAGUUUGAGAUACUCACUAACCUAGAGGGAUCUUUUCAUGUUACUCGUGCUUCUGAAAUAAGUAGGGAUGCAUUGUGUCACUCUUUCUGCUACUCAUUUGUACUCCUUACAUGACUGGUUUUGCUUAAGUUAUAAAAGUUCUGUUUGGUACA